GUGUUUGUAGCUCAAGCAGCUCUGUUAAACGGAUUAUUAGUCGGCUGGAGUGUGAUAAUAAUCAUGUAUGCUAACGGUUCAGCCUCUGCUUCGGCCAGGCGGUCAUUUACCCUCUGUAUUUACUGAGCUGAGGCAUGAAGAGCAGGAAACAGAGGUCCGUCAGAGCUGGAGGCAGCAAAAAGAAAGUCCCCAGCGAUGUGUCCCCCGCCACCAGCCUCCCUCCUCUGGUUGAAGGCCAGCUAAGAUGCUUCCUGCAGGUGACGAUUAGCCGGGUAUUAUGGACAGUUCACAAGCCGCCAUCUGCAACAUUCAUCAGGCUGCGCUGGUGGGGAGAGUCAUCCAAUGGUACACACUUCUUUCCGAGAGAUGGAUCAAAGCCGUCACAGAUGACCAUCAAGACCACAGCUCGCUUUCCCAUCCGCUGUGGGCCAAAGCAGUUCACUUCAUAUCUUACAGAUAUGGGCUCUCUGGUGUUGGAAGUUCUGACAAAACCCGAUCAUUUGCCAGUUGCACGAGCUCAGGUUGUCGGCAUCUCCCGUCUCUCACUAUCACACCCCAUCAGUGGAUUUUACACACUUGUAUCUCCGACAUCUGAGAAGCUGGGAGAGUUACAGGUGUCCCUAAACUUGGAGCCUCUGACAGAAGCCUACGACAGCAGCAGCUCAGGUCCCGUCACAGAUAUCAGCAUCGAAGGACCACAAGUCACCACACUGACUGUGCCUUCACAGCCCAGAUCGCUCUCAGCUGGCAGUGGGAAGGAAUCAGUAGGGAGCAGCGGUGGAAACACUCCAAGAGGGAGAGACCACUUAUAUUUCCAGAAUGCCCAGAAAGACAGCAGUAAAGACGAGUCUGUGGAGAAUCAGAUGCCAAACAGUCAAACGGCUGUGAAUCCUUCAAAUCAGCAGCCAUGUGGCCAAACAACCAAUGACAUCAUCUCAGUAAUUCUGGAGCGUGGAAACAAGCUCAGAAACGCCAUGGUGGUAUCAGCUUUGAAAUGUGACAUGGAUUCAGCCUCCGCUCUGAAAGACACCCCUCUGCCUCUCCCGAAGGAUAACAUUCUGCCACCUUCAAAGCCCUCUCCUUCUCCCUCUGGGAAUUUUCUUCAAAAUAUUCUUCAUGCUGACUCGGCACUCAAGCACUCUGAUGAUGUUGCUGUAGUUCCAGACUGCAGCUUAGACUGUCAUGUCGACAUAGAUAACAGAGCUGUGGAUCUGCUUCUUGGCAGCUUGAGCACGUCUCCUCUGCCUCGCUGGGAUGGAGAUGGCUCCAUCCUUGAAUCUCUGUCUGGUCAUAGUAGUGUGUGUGGAGACAGCGAGCUCAAUGAUCCCCAAUAUGAUCAAAGCCUGCUGGAAAAUUUGUUUUACAAAACUUCCUUGUCAAAUGUUAGAACAAAUGACACAGAGGCCGAAGUUCAAGGAACAGCAUCCUCAAGUAAAAAAGAGCUCACACAGUCUGGACCCAAGAUUAGUGGAGGUCCAAACUCAGAGCCUCAGCGGUCUGCAGAUGCUGGUGGUUUCCCUCCUGGUGUAAGUGCAGAGCAGUUGACUUUGCUGAGUUCCAUCCGGCUGGUGAGAGUGACCAUCGACUCCUUGACUGUACCUACAGGCAGUACAACCACCACACCCAGAAAGACCUCUAGCAAAGGGAAACCUCCUCAACCAUUAAACAGCAAGAAGUGCACAUAUUUUAUAGAGUAUAUGUUCCCAAUGGCUUCUACCUCAAGCCGACAUGAUCGAAGUAAGGGUGGAAAUGGAGAGGUGACCAGAGCUGUCGCCUGUAAAGUCACAGGGGGAGCGGUGAAGUUCCAUCAGCACUCUGUGUUUCCUGUCCACUUUAGUACAGCAACGAUCAAAAAACUGUGGGAAACUGAUCUGAUUUUCAAGAUUUUUUCACGAAAAAGCAACCAAAAGAAACCUGUUCCCAUCGGCAAGUCAAUGCAUCCGCUGCGCUGUCUGCUGCAGAGCAAACAGCUGAGUCAGUCUGUCAUCUUACCUGUGCAGAGCAUGGAAGGAAACAGUCAAACACAGGAGAUAGGACCCCUCAAGGUGACACUUGAACUUGUUACAGACAACACCACAGAAAGAGGGACCAGUUCCAGAUCUCAGCAUGUGGACACUGGCAGGGAGGCGUUACCAGCUGACACAUUUGAAGUUCCCAGACUCAAUGUUUGGAGUCCACAGAAACCCACAAAAGAACCCUCUCCACGUCCUGGUCUCCGCACAUCUCCUUAUAAACACACAGAGCAGCAGCAGCAGGUGGAGGAGGACCCUGAGGUUCUGCUGCAUACGUUGCUCAUGGUGCCAGACGGAAAGAACUUCAGCUCUGGGCCCACGCAGGCUCCAAAUGUGUAUUUGAACUGUAAACUGUGGUGUGAUGAGACGGCGAGAUCCGUCAUCAGCUGGGGUCAGACAAAUCCUUCUUUCAACUUUGUUCAGGUGACUCCUGUGGCCUUAACAACUAAACUGCUUGAGCGGAUGAAAAAUAAUGUGAUGGUAAUCGAGGUGUGGCAGAGGACUGGAAGUUCAGGGCAGGAUCGACUCCUUGGCCUUGUCAAAUUGCCUCUUCACCAGUUCUACACGUCAUUUAGGGAUCCAAGGAUCGCCCAUCUUCUUCUCCAGGCACAGUAUCCCGUUUUAGGGGUGGACUGCUACAUGCCAGUCGUUGAUGUGUUCUCAGGGAAUUGUAAAGGACACCUCAGGGUUGUUUUGGCUAUGGGCCGAUCAGAGCAGAUAUCUGCCCUCCAGCGUGCGAGGGAUGAUGACUGUAACUCUGUGCCUCAUCUUGUGAGACCAGUUCAUCUGCUUGAUCAUCAGCCUCAUUCACAAACAAAGGCAAAUGCAGCACAAGCAGGAAGUAUGAGAGAGCAUCUGUUUGUGGUAAGAGUGGAUAAAGUAAAUGGGUUGACACCUCUUCAGUCCACAGUGUGGGGUGAAGCUGACUGCUACGUCCAGUACAGCUUCCCCUGUCAGGAGGGUGACUCCUUUGCACAAGUGGACCAGAACCUCAUAGAGAGUAGCGUGAACCUGAAGAUGUUUCGUACCACCACGACUCUGUGUGUCCCUGACCCAGUGUUUGGCCACACUGAGACACAUGUGCUUCUGGCUCCUGAAGGAGUUCCUGUUCAGAGGCUGCUGCUCAGCUCUCUGUCCAGUCACGGCCUCAGCAGUGGAGGAGGUGUGCAGUUUGAAGUGUGGUGCAGAUACUAUUAUCCAAAUGUUCGAGACCAGCUUGUGGCCAAAGGAAUGCUUCCAUUGUCCAAACUGUGUGCCAUGGUCACCAUGCAGAGACAGCAUCCUAAUGAGGCUCAAAUGUUCUCCCUGCCCCUGAUUCCCAGGGCGGACAGUCCCACAAGACAUCAGCCUCAGCCCUCAGGCCUGCUGGAUGUGUGCGUUCGGUACAAGCACCGACCAGUCAGACCUGAGGGUCAGACCGGUAGAGGAGCUGCCUCUCGUGUUGUGACACUCGUGGUUCAAGUGCACAGAGCAUCAGGUCUGCAGGCCGCAGCAAGGGCUGUAACACAACAAGAUGAAAGAUUUGGCUACUUUUCCAGUGUGGGAGUGAACACAUACGUCGCAGUCCAGCUCUCCUUCUUACCUGAGAGAGAGAGGAGGUGCACCCGCAUAGCUGCCAGAACCUUCUGCCCCGAGUUUGACCACCACAUGGAGGUGUCCUGUGAUCUGCUGGUUCAGGGGAGCAGCGGAGAAACCUGCAGCCUGGCUGAGCAGCUGGAAGAAGCCUCUGCUGUUUUCACUGUCUGGAACAAAGACAAUCGCAAAGCCGUGCACAUUCAUAAGCCUCAGGAUGUUUUAUUGGGUACCGUGAAAAUCCCUCUGGCUGAUCUCAUCCAUAAAAGAACAGGUAUUUCUGGCUGGUUUGGAGUGUACAUACCUCAGGAAACAGGUUCCUCUCAGCACCAGCACAUCUUGGUCGGGGGCCUCGAGAUCUCCAUCCACUUUGCCCAUCACUCAGACAGGGAAAGAGUCAUCAAAGCUGCUCAGGGUUUGAGCUGGGAAAUAUCCCAGCAUGAAUUGCAAGAUGACGAUGCUUGGGGAGACAGCAUGAAAAAAAUGUCUUUGACUUUUUCGAUGCCUAGAGCGUGGAUUCCUUUCCACUGCUUGCUUCUGCCAGGCCUCAGUGAGCUGGAGCGCUCAACCUACUGUUACUUCAGGUACAAGUUCUACGACCAGGACGCCUUCUGCUCCCAGAUGAAACACCCCUCUGCUGAGGAGGGAGGCCAGGCCACAGUGACUUUCCAGGGAAGUAGAACCGUGGAGCUGAGGAGCACUCAGCCCUUGAUGUGGUAUCUACGAGAGGAAAGGCUGGAGGUUCAGGUGUGGGUCGCCUUUACAAAGGACAAAGCCCAAAGACCCAGAAACACAGACAGACUGGUGGGCUCAGCGUUUAUCGAUCUGUCCUCUCUUGCAAAGACGCCCAAGCAGAUGCUUAGUAUCAGUGGAGUGUAUCCGCUGUUCAGACGCUCAGCAGCUGAUCUGCAAGGGGCGGCUCUGAGGGUGCACAUCACCAUGACAGCAGGUGUUGUCCCUAUGGAGGCUCCUGCUGGAGCUGACACUCCUGUGGACUCGGAUGAGCUCUCAUCAGAAGAAGUGGAAGCAGCAGAUCAAGCCCCCUCACCCACCACACUCAAAAAAUCACCAAGCAAACACAAGAGUAAAUCCUUUAGAGCAACUCCAGACAUCACAUCUGUGCAGCACACAGCAAUAAGCGCAGAUGAAUGUUUCCCUGUGACUAUUGCAGUGGAUCGAGCUAUGCACCUGAAUCUGAAAGGGUGUCCUCUAGUAGAGCGUAGCGAUGGGUCACCAUGCUGCUGUGUUUCAUACAUCACUGCAGACUCUGCUGAACCAGUGUCCACAGCUGUUGUAGCCAACACGGACUGCCCUGUGUGGGACCAUCAACAUGAGUGCAGGCUUUCAAAGCAGCUACUAGUUGAUCCACAGCAAUCUCUCGUGUUCAAAGUUUGGCACAAAGGAGAAACUGAGAGGGUGAUUGGGUUUGCCUCAGUAGACCUGUCUCCCUUAAUCUGUGGGUUCCAGUCAGUAUGUGGUUGGUACAACAUCACAGACUUCAGUGGUCAGUGUCACGGCCAGCUCAAAGUGUCCAUCACUCCACUGAAGGGGGUCCAAGACCUCCGAGGGCAGAGAAAAACUGUGAAUGAAGAUGCCGCCAAAAACACACCGGUUUUAUUCCAGGCACUCCCUCUCAGCUACCAUACUACAGCCACAUACAGCAGCUUCCCCUCUCACAUCAGCCGACACACCGAGCAGAAGAUCUCGUCACCUGACCACACGGACAGUCUGUUCUCUGAAAGGUUCAGUGAGGGAGACCGUCACUUUGAGCACGUAGACAAAAUACGUCUUUACCAUCAGAGUCUGCAGGAGCAAACAGCGGCUCAUUCUGUUAGCAGCAGCAGUGUUGGUGAUAUCCAUCCUUCCAGCUCGCUUUUGUUUUCAGCACUCAGGAAAAAACUAAGCGAGCUGGACAACAUCCAGAGAUACUUCAGCCGUAAACUUUCAACUCCCACAUUCCCGUCCAUGAGUGAGCAGGACUGUCACACCCAGCAUGAAGAGCAGAGGGACACAGAGACAGACACAUGUCAGCUUCUUCUCAAGUCCAACCAGUUAGUUGGACAAGUCAACGAUAUCAUUAGUGGUUUACGAGGAACCCCCCUGGAAACAAUUCCCUCAGAUCACCAGAGCAGCUCAACAAGUUCCCCCGUUGGUGACAACAACCAUGAAACUAUACCUGAAAGAAUCUUCGGUUCACGCAGAGCUUCAAAUUCUUCUCAGGAAGAAGAAGUGUCUCCUCCGCACUCGCCAUUGCCAAAGACGUCUGAAGACCACAAAGACUCUGAGCCUGAUGAAGAAAAGCACAGAAGAAACCACAAAGUUACUGUGUCUGAGGACGAAGCUGAAGACGAAAUCGAUGAUGAAGAUGGGACAGGUUGCAUACGGGAUGAGGAAGAUGAUGAAGAGGAAGACGAAGAUUACGAGGAGGUUGUUGUGAAGCCGAGGGCUCUAAAUGAGGUGACCUCUUUAACAGACAAAACCAGCCCUUGGACCAGCAUCCUGUCAGACCCUGACCUGGUUUCUCUGGAGAGCCCGGAGCUACCGGAGGAGCCGGAUCUGAGAGAAGACGAGGACGAGAAGACGCAGACGGUAAAUCUGCAAACUCACUUCUGCAGCGAGAAACGCAAAUGUGUCAGACGAGAUGAAAGUGACAGAAUGAAAGGAUCAGACACUUCAGAGUCAGAUACAGAAAGAGACGGUGAAAGGACACUACAAGCUGUAGAUGAGAAACAAGCAGCAGAGCCCAACAGCCUCAACAAGCGGUCAGCUGACAGAUCACCCAGCACACAGUAUGCCACAGAUACCCAUGAUGCUUCAUGCUGUCUGGACAAUGAAGACAUUCAGCUUCAGCCCUCAAUCCCUGUGGAGGUCCCUAAUUUCUUUCUCCCCUCUCACCAACUGGAGGCGUCUAUGAGAGUCAUUCGUUUGGCUCCUUCUUUCUCCCAGACAGCCAGUGACCCGGGGCCGAGCUCUGCAGCUCAGAGCAUUCCACAUCACAGAGGUCCUCGACAGCGUCCCAACAUGUCGCCGUCAUCCAUGAAGAAAGAGACUGAAAGAAUAGCAAAAAUAUUUGCAGCUCACUUCAAUGACAAUCACUAGCACGUGGUGGCUCUGAUGGCAAGACAUUUGUACAGCUCAGUGGUUUCAGAUCAUGUAAAUCAAGAACAUGCUUUCUGGAAGAAGCCUCAGGUUACAUGAAGAUUUACUGUCCUGACUGUUCAAACUUGCACAUUUCUGUUUCACUGAAGGCCAAAUAGCUCAGAAAUACACAAAACUUUCAUCUG